ACCACUGGGCUCAGCACGGUCACAAAGCAAUGGGUUUGCCCACAGUUCCGACAAAGCCUUACCCUCGAUUAGUCUUCUUAUCUGUCCUGGUCAGGCACCAGGGGACAUCUUCCUGGCGGGUGGAUGAGGGUCUUCCAAAUGCCCUGUCUUCAAGCAUGAAGCAUCCAAGCACUCGAGACAGCACUCAGCCCCUGCCAUCGCUGAUACCUGCCUGAAGCUUCCUGAAGAGGGAGCCCUGCUCAUUGUUUUUAGACAAAAGAUCAGGAGCCUAUUGUAUGUUCCAGUUCAUACACCCCCCACCAUUCCACCAGAGCUGUGCCAUCCAUCAAGAACACUGGCAUUAGGAUUCUAGUUUUUAGAUCUCUCACUGCAAACCCUGUGAUGACCAUGGAGGUGAAAACCCAGUUGGCUGAGCAUCCACUAGCAAGACCCAGACUGCCUAGAUCUGAAAGGAGAAUGGAACAGGAUACUCAGGGGGCCGCCCAGCGACAGCCCCCCAGGAAUCAGGGGAGGCACGCCUUGCUUAGCAUAUUCCCAGCUCAGCUCCACUCCACCAAGGGACCUCCCUGCAGCCAGGGCCAGCGGGAGAGGGAAGUGCGGAAAGCCACCAGUCCAAAGGCAGAGCCAGAGUCUGAGAAGAAGCCAGCGCACUUUCCGAGGAGCCUCGGGGAUGCUGGGUUCCAGAAAGGGCCUGUGGUCCCAGGCAUUGUGGAUUUCGAUCUGAUUCAAGAGGAGCUGAAGGCCUUUAAACCCCAAACACCAAGUGCCUACCGUUUUGGACGCCUCAGUCACCAUUCCUUCUUCUCCCGGCACCACCCCCAACCACAUCAUGUGACACACAUCCAAGAUCUCAUUGGGAAGCCUGUCUGUAUGGUCAGGGACGAGUUCUCUUUGGCACCUUUGACUAAGUCUGCACUCUUAUCCGGCUGUCUGAUGGGGAUACCCACCAUCUCAGUCCCUGUUGGGGACCCACAGUCCAUUCGGAACCCUCAGCUUUCUUCUGAAGCCUGGAAGAAGAAUCUAAAGGACCUAGCUUCCCGAGUGGCUAACUUUGCUAAGGAAACCGAGGCAAGGGCCAAUGAGGCUGGUCCUGCUGCUGAACAAAGAAGCGAGCCUGGAAAGAAAGCCUUUCUGAAGGAAGAGCCUCCUCAGAGGGAACAGGGGGCAAAGUACUCAGCUGAGACGGGUAGGCUUAUCCCAGCUUCCAGCUAUGCCCUCAGCCGCCGCAGCCGCCAGGGCCAGCGGGGCCACCCUUCUGGCAGCGAUGGAGGAGCCCAAGCCUCCAUUCCACAGGACCAGGAUCUGCUGGGCGGCCUCACCGCACCUGGAGUUAGGUUCUCAGGUCUCGUGGGGAGGGGGCCCAGGGCAGGACUCACAGAGAUCCACCUCCCACGGCGGGCCCCCACUCCAGACUUCCAUAGCUACAGUCGCCACCUGCAACAUGGCCUAGGAAGUCCCCAGAGCACAUCCAGGAAACAGCUGGACGAUAUACUGCCGCUACUUGACUGGAGGAGAAAGGGGGAGCCACUGGCUGAGGAGGCAGCUAGGAGCCAAGAGUCCCGGCUACUUCACUGGAUGGAACCCCUCACUAGGCACUUGGCAGAAGCAGCCCACUCUGGCCAGCAGACUGCCUACAGCGAGUCCCCCACCUCCUGGCAAACAUCUCCAGAUUCUUGGCGCUCCUGGGUGGGGAGGCCCUUGGGAUACCCCCAAUCACCACCCAAAAGAUCCCAGCAUGUAGGACUCGAUCUUGGAGCUUCUUUGUCAGAUUCUACAGACGGAUUCUCUCAAUGCUAUCCAGUUCUGGCUCCUCUAUGCCCCGCCAAAGGAAAAAGACCUGGCACUGGGACUUCUGCAGACAGCGGUGGCUCGGCUCAUGCCCCAGCCUCUCCCCUCCCUCCCAGCAGAGAAGCUCUUGAAUCAAGUCCAAGAGCUUCAAGAACCUCCUCAAGAGACACAGCAGGCAACCUACAGUCCAUCCCUGAAGAAGACGAAGACACCACCUUUAUCCAAGACAGACAAACCAGAGUCCAUGGGAAAAGCCCAAGUCCUCCGCGUGCAUCCCAGCAAGGACUCAGAGGAGAAAACAACCAAGUCAAAGGCAGAGAACUGAGGAGCAGAGCUCAGAGCACGGAGAUUUCUGCCUGGCUCAAAGGCAUCUUCUAAGCUUGGGGAGGAGGGGUUCCUGUCCUGCUACGUCAACACCAGUCCCUGGUCUCCAACCACACUCUCCUAAAUAAAAGACUGUCUUCCCUAA